AUGGCGUUUCUAUUCAAGUCCAAGAAGCACCAGGACCGGGAAAAGGAUCGUGUCUUGACCAGCCGCGAAGGUCCAACGUCCGGUUCGCAACAGUCGUCCGUCGCCAGUAUCGGCGCCCGGAUAGCAAAAGACGAAAAGCCCUUUCAACGAUCCACCCCGAACGGCAGCCUGAACUCGCUCGACAACGACGCCACCGGCAGCCCAGACCGAGCUGUCAAUAAUCGCCGGCCGCCCGUUGCUGAGCAGACUCCCCUUACGGCUGCACCAGCAGCUGCUCAGGGCCAGCCACCGCCGGCCGGUGAUCUCCAGUUUCGCAACGGCCCUGGUCCAGCCGUCGGCAGUUCCAACAUGUCCUUGUACCCCUGGUCACAACGGCGCCUCACAUACACCUCGUCAACCGUCAGCCCAUUUCCUCGGUAUGGGGCCUCGGUCAAUUCCACUGCGUCGAAGGAGGGUGACAUCUAUGUCAUGGGCGGCUUGACCAACAGCCAGACCGUCAAGGGUGACCUCUGGAUGAUCGAGGCCGGCGGCAACAUGUCGUGCUACCAGCUCGCUACCACGUCUGAAGGCCCAAGUCCGAGAGUCGGCCACGCAAGUCUUCUUGUCGGCAAUGCGUUCAUUGUCUACGGGGGUGACACAAAAAUUGACGAGUCCGACGUCCUCGACGAAACCCUCUACUUGCUAAACACAUCCACGAGGCAAUGGUCCCGAGCUCUCCCUGCAGGGCCACGUCCUUCCGGACGGUACGGCCAUACGCUGAACAUCCUUGGAUCCAAGAUCUUCAUCUUCGGCGGCCAGGUUGAGGGCUUCUUCAUGAACGAUCUUGCUGCGUUCGAUCUGAACCAGCUCCAGAUGCCGAACAACCGGUGGGAGAUACUGGUGCCCAACGAGACUGGGGCUGCUCAGGGCAAGAUCCCCCCGGCAAGAACCAACCACACAAUAGUGUCAUACAAUGACAAGAUGUACCUCUUCGGAGGUACGAAUGGCUUCCAGUGGUUCAACGACGUCUGGUGCUAUGACCCUGUGACGAACAGCUGGUCGCAGCUGGAUUGCAUCGGCUAUAUUCCCGUCGAGCGGGAGGGCCAUGCCGCCGCUCUGGUCGACGACGUAAUGUAUGUUUUUGGCGGUCGGACGGAGGAAGGAGCCGACCUGGGUGACCUGGCCGCGUUCCGGAUCUCCUCCCGUCGUUGGUAUACGUUCCAGAACAUGGGGCCGUCUCCUUCCCCUCGAUCCGGGCACAGCAUGACGGCCGUCGGAAAGUCCAUUGCCGUGCUAGGCGGCGAACCAAGUUCUGCCACAACCACGGUCAACGACCUUUCGCUCGUCUAUCUCCUUGAUACCAACAAAAUCCGCUACCCGAACGAUGCUCAGAUUCCGCCGAACGGGACCAGACCACCGAACGGGCAGAGACGACCAAGCGAUGCGACCAGAGCCGUGCAGCCUCGAGACGGCUCUCAGGGUCCAAUCUCUGGCGACCAUAAACGGCCAAUGGGUCCAGGGGGAGGCCCAGGGGGACCUCCAGGGGGGCCUCCACCUGGAGGUCCAGGUGGUGGCCCUGGUGGCCCUGGUGGCCCUGGUGGAGUGGGUAGUCCCAUCAACGGUUACAAGUCUCCCAACGGACUUGACACGAACCCCGGCGACGGCUCGAGCUCGCCCGUCAACGGAAUGUCCAAGCUGCCUAGGGCCGCAGGACCAUCGCCGCCAGCAACAUCGCCACCCCAAGGACAGUUGCCAAAGCCGAAUCAGCCUCACCCUCCAAAUCAGGGACGACCUCGAAAUGCGUCAGCAGAGCGCGGCGGCUAUUCCGCCUCUCCUGCUCGAAGCAACUCGGGCUCGGCCCAGUCGCCUGGCAUGCGUGGCAGUCCCCGGGAUGUCAACGGCUUCCAACAAAACGGAAAUCGGCCCCCACUGUCGCAAGGCCUGAGACCAGGUCCAAGGGGAGAUCCUGCGGGUGCACCACAGUCCGCAAGGCCUCCGCCGGUUGCAACGGGUCCCGAGGUGACAGGAGCGGCGUCUGCGGCUGGAGGAUCAAUGGCUUCGGCAGCAGCAGCUGGUGGUGCAGCGAGCCCGGUCGCCUCACGACCCAGAGGCCCGCCUGCACAAAUGUCGAUGGACAAUGCUGCGGAUAUGGCUGUAAGACAGGCCCCUGUCAACCGGCCGUCUUCACCACCGCCGCCAGCCCGACAAGGUGGCGGCAACCCGCUCGCGCGGCGGUCGUCUAACCGCAAUUCGCAGACGGUUGCCGUCCUUAAGGAGCUGGAUUCUGCGAGGAACCGGAACGCCUGGUACGCUUCCGAGCUCGAGCUGGCCCGAAAGGCGGGCUACGUGUCAAACGCAUCCCUCAGUCCCCUUCUUGACGGACGUGGCUCCGAAACGUUUGACGACGACGACAAGCCCCUGAUUGAAGCGCUUCUGGCGAUGCGGACGGAGCUGGCCAACGUGCAGGCGUCAGUCGACAAGCAGGCAGUUCUCGCUGCGAAGCAGAUUGCAGAAGCCGACAAGCAGCGUGAUGCUGCCAUUCAGGAGGCUGUCUACGCCAAGGCCAAGCUGGCGGCGCACACCGGGACUGGCAGCGCAGCGAGCACACCUCAGCUGGACAGGGAUCGCGAUAUUGCAGACCGGGCGACGGACAUCAGCCGCAAACUCGCCACGGCCUUGGCGUCGCAGAAGGAGCUGCAAGCCCAACUGGACCGCAAAUCGGCUGAAGCUGACGCGGAGAAGCGGUCACGGAAGCUGGCAGACGACACGCUGGCGGCUGCGCAGCGACGAAUGACGGAGCUAGAGAGCUACAAACAGCACACGUCGUACGAGCUGGAGGGCCUGAAGGCUGAGCUUCACCGUGCACAGCACGAAGCGCGCGAGGAAGCGGUCAAGGCGGUCGAGGCUGCAGCGGCUCUGGAGAUGCUCCGUAUAGAGAAGGAGGAUUUCGAACGCCAAUACAACGACGCUGCCGGUAACGCAAAAGAGACGGACGACUCGUUCGAAUCCUUGCGUGAGGCCAUGGUGGCAUCGGCCGACAUCAAGACAGUCCUGGAACAGAAGCUACUACAGGAACGAGCGCAACGGGAGGAAGCCGAAGCGAAACUGGUCACUGUCAAGGCUGAGCUGGAAGGCCGCACAGUGGAGGUGAUGACGCUGACGCAGCGGCUACGCGAUACCGAAGAGCUUGCGGAGAGACAUGCCAGCGAGUCCCGCGCUCACCGACUGGCGAUAGUUAACGGGCUGGACAAGAUGAAGAGCCGCGACCUGUCGAACACGUCAAACAAGGCGGACACGGACCGCAUCGCAGCGCUGCAGAGCCAGCUGGAGGCAGCCAAGGUGCUGGCAAAGAAGCACCACCAGGAUGCCGACACGGCAUCGGACAGACUGCGGUCGGCGGAAGAACGGAUUGCCGGUCUAGAAGCAUACCAAGAGCAGGCCAGCCGCGAGGGCGUGACGAUCCGGCGACAGCUGCAGGGAGCGCUGCGAGAGACACAAACGCUGCAGGCACUCAGCAGCGACCUGAAGCACCAGCUCUCGCACCAGCAGCUGGAGACGAACGCAGUGACGGUGCAGCACAACACGCUGAAGGAGAUUCUGAGCGAGCGAGGCAUCAGCCCGACCAGUUCGGCGCGUCCCCGAGGCAGCCCUCGCGAGGGCUCGCCGGAGCAGGAGGCACGGAUCCGCAAUCUAGAGCGACAGUUGUCAUCGGCGUUGGCAGGCCACGAGGAGACCAAACAGCUGUAUUCGGCACAGGCGACAGAGGCAGAGACGCUGUACCGCGACAAGCUGACACAGCUGGAAAACGACUACCAGUCAGCGGUACACUAUGUGAAGGGCACGGAGAAGAUGCUGAAGCAGCUGCAGGAACAGCUGACACGGUACAAGGCCGAGAACAUGCGACUGAAGGCCGAAGUGGACGAGCUGGAGGAGACGCGGGCGCGCAGUGGCGGUGGAAACUCGAUGCCGGCCGACUGGGAGACGGAGCGCCUUGCUCUGACGGAGAAGGUCGAGGCGCUGCAGUCGGAUCUGGAAUUGGCACAGGCGCAGCUGGGCAACGAGCUGCAGCUGGUGCGACAAGAGCUGGAGGGGGUGAAGCGCGAGCGCGAUGCAGCGGUACGGUCGGGCGAAGAGGCGACGACGCGACUGGCAUCAGCACGACACGACUACGAGCAGCUGCACCGGGAGAGCACGCAGCUGGAGCGGCGAGCACAAGACGCCGAGAUGAAGGUGGGCAUGCUGCUAGACCAGGUGGAGUCGUCGGUGGGAAACUACCGUCGAGUGAGCCGGCAGAUCACCAUCGUCGGACCGGACCAGUUCAGGGACCUGAAGACGGGCAGCGGUGGUUCAACAGCAGCAGCAGCAGCAGCGGGUCUAGAGCGCGGCACACUGGGAAGCACACUGGGCGGCACACUGGGUGGCACGGCAGGCGGCCUGGCGCCCAUGGCAGCAAACGGGCAGCUCGGAGGAGGCAGUUUCGGACACGCACGACAGGACAGCUCGGAGGCUGGCAGCACGUACGGCGAGGCACGCAACAGCGCGGCGCUGGACAAUCUCGCCAACGAGCUGGAGACGCUGCGCAGCCACUGGGAGGCGACCAACAAGAACUACCGGCUGAGCAACGCGUUCGAUUUUGACAAUGGAGGCGCGGGCGGUGGCAACAACAACGGGAGGGCGGCAUCGUCGUCGCCGACAAAGGACGGCAAGGAAGACGGCGGACUGGGGCUGAGCGAGAGCCUUGCGGACUGGCGAAAGCGGCUGGACAGCUGA